AUGCCUUCAAAUGCUAUAAAGUAUCCUGAAGGAUGUAAACCGAUCAGUGCGAAUGUUAAAAAUACAGAGUUGUUGAAGCGAUUGAAGGUCUUGUCUGAAGUGUUAAAAGGUGAGAUUACAAAUGAAGAAGCUGGUAUUCCGAAUCGUUACAAGGAUUUGAUGCUUCAUUUGACUGAUUCACACUUUUUGAGCAACAAAAACAGUGAUGUACAAUUGUUGUUAGCGUGUUGUAUCGCUGACCUUUUUCGGGUUUUUGCACCAAACUUACCAACCGAAAAUUUGUCUUUGCUCAAGGAUAUGCUACUAUUCAUAACAACAGUGAUUGGAAAUAUUCCAGACAAAGGAAGUUCGAUGUAUCAAUAUUAUUUAUAUCUUCUCGAGAAUAUUUCGGUAGUAGAAACAAUGCAAAUAGCUCUAGAAUUGGAUGAUAAUGCUUAUGUGAUUCUGCGCCAGUUAAUCAAACAAUCUCUUAAUAGUGUUAACGAGAAAAAUGCUGAUGAACAUGUCCAAGGAAUGCUUAUGGGAAUGUGUUCUAAACUGAUCCAAGGAGUUGAUCAGAUUUCAAAUAUCGUUUUGGAUGCAAUUUUUUUUUCAUCGUGCAGCCUCAAAAAGUUUGUUUUUUACUUGAUGGUGUUUUCAGCGACAUCUAAUGGUUUGAUAAAUAAUCGCGAAGCUUAUCUUAUGGCACGUGAUUUGAUUCGGACAAAUCAAACAACAUUGGAACCAUAUGUUGCUUUACUGUUAAAACGUGGACUAGAAACGGGCGUUUUGGAUGAAUGCGAAUUAAUUUCUCAGAAGAAAUUAUGUGAUUUGAUUUGUGAGCUACAUAAAUUCGCUCCAGAAAUAAUUUCCUCCGUGCUUCCAAUAUUAGUCAAUCAGAUGCAUAGUGAAGAUGCUGCUGUACGUCGUGAAGCCGUUCGUUUAUUUGGGAACUUUUUUGGUGAUCGGGAUUCGCGUAUGGCUGAAGAUGAACCUGAAGUUUGGAGCGAAUAUAUGAAACGUUUUGCUGAUGUAAAUGAAGAAAUCCGUCGUAUUUGUAUCAGGAAUGCUGAAGAUAUUCUCGUUUUCCACCCAGAAUUGAGAGGACAAGUGACAGAUGCUGUCAUUUUACGUUGCCAAGAUCUAGAUGAGAACGUUCGUUUGGAAGUCCUUUCAAUGGUACAAGGAUUGGUAAAACGGAAAUUUGAAGCUUUAAGUGAAAGGCUUCUGACGCAUGUCGUCGACCGAAUUCGAGAUAAAAAGGUUAGAGUUCGGCAUGCGGUGAUUCGUGGACUUUCCCAGCUUCAUCGUACAAUUUUUAGUAACGAUGAACUGACGAAUUUGGAACGUUCCUCCGUAUCUAGCAUAUUUUCUGCUAUCAUGAAUCAUUAUUACCAGCCACUCUUAGAGGAUAGGUUAUUAACGGAGAAAAUAUUCGUCUCUAAUCUGAUUCCAUAUAAACUGGAUGAAGACAAGCGCAUGGGAAUAUUGAUUAAUGUUUUUCUGAAUAUGAACAGCUAUGGUGUGAAGGCUUUGGAACAAGUUUUGAUGAAGCAGUCAUUCCAACGACGACUUUUGCGAAAUCUGGUGAAAUUGAUUGAGCAGAAUGUUGAACCGCAAAAGGGAAAGACAAUCGAUGAUGUUAUCAAAGGUAUUGUUGAGUGCAGUCCUGAACCAGCAAAGUUUUCGUUACUUUUCAGGCAUUUUAUGGUACACUUAACGAAUGACAGACAGAUAUUAUUGUUGUUGAAGUAUAUUACGGGAAAAGAAUACACUUGCCAAAAGGUCGAGUCAGCUGUUCUGGAAAUUUUACAACGUUUACGAGACCAUAAAGUAUCCGUAGAAUGUUUGGAUGCGGUGAGAUGUUUGUUUGAAUGCUGUUCACCACUUCAGUUUGAUGGGACGGCGGUAUCGCUGUUAGUUGAUAUGGUAAUAAAAUUAAUUAAAGAGAGUAUCGAUGGUAAUCAAUUUAAUCGUUGCUACAAAUUAAUUAAGCUUCUGAAGAUAGUUGCAGAUGCAUACCCACAUUGUUUUGUAAAUGGACCUGCUUUGGAAGGCCUAGUGGAACUGAUCGAAAUUGAAGGCUUUUCCGAAACAGAAAGUUUGCUCGGGCUAGUGAUUGCGAUUUCUAGUGAACUCAAACAGCAUGAACUCCUGGCUAAGGGUAUGGUUGAUAAAUAUGUGAAGCACUGUGAAUACAUCAGUCUGAAUGGCACUCCGCGUGCUGCAAAGUAUGCUGUACGCUGUAUUUCAAGGUUAUUGAACACUGAACAAGCUCGAACGAAGCUUGAAAGUAUAUUUCAGGAUUCUUUAUCGCAUAUUUCGGCAUCUGAUCCACAGUGCUGCACAGCACUUAAGGCACUAAGCUCUUGCGUAGAAGUGGAUGCUGUGCAGUUUUGCAACGAGCUUCUUGAAAUACUCAAAACGAAAGUAAUGGAUUUAUUGCUUGAUCGAAGUGGCGGUAAUAUAAUUUUUAACCAACAGAGCAGUGUUUUUAACUGCAGUGAGCAGUUUGGUGAUGGAACAGUUUGCGAUGAAAUUUAUGUUGAGAUUAAAAAACAUUGUUUGAAAUUCGUCGCGAAUUUUUUGGUGUCCGUAGCACGGUUUUCGGAGUGUGAUGUUGAACCACUGGCUAAAAACCUUUUGAAACUCUAUUCCACUUUGUUGGAAACGAAGGGAGAUAUCUUCGAAAAACCAUGUAGCCGAGCUCACAUGGCUGAAUUUCGCAUAUUGGCAGGAAAUUCAAUGUUAAAACUUGCAACAAAACCACGAUACGCUAAAUUUGUUACUGCCGAUAAUUUAAUUACUCUCUCGGCACUUGCUUAUGAUGAAGAAUCUGAAAUGCGGCAUCGAUUUUUUGGUAAGCUUAAUAAACACUUGAUGGCUCUUCAGUUACACAUUGAAUACAUGGGGCUGUUUGCACUUGUUACGUUAUAUGAAGAUGUUGAUUUUCAAAAUAAGAUACGUGUUUUGGUAGAUGCGAAUAUAACAAAGAGGCGAAAAUACUUGGAAAGAUCAGAGAUGAAAGACUUCGCACCAUACUACCAACCUGAAUAUUGUCUCGCAUACGCAAUUUACAUACUUGCAAAGCUUCCAUCAUUUGAGUCGAUAAAAUGUGAACCCGAAUUACUGCGGUUGACAGAGUCUAUCUGGUUUUUGUUGGAAAUUUUCAGUGCGAGAAAAGAACCAGGUAGCUUGGAAUUUAUUUACAACAUAUUCAAGGCAGUAAAGAACAGCACCGAUUCAAAGUUACAAGGCUGUACAAAGGAGGAGCUGCAACAAAAAAAUGAGAAAAUAUGGGCGUUGUGUGAUAUUGGGAUAUUGUUAAUGUCUUAUCGUGUGAAGAAUUUAAUGAAAGAUGUGGAAAGUAAACCUUUGCUGAGUAAAAGAUUCUUUUUGAACAUGGGAAAAGUUAAUACCAAAAUAUACGUGCCGGCAUCCUUUGUCAAAGAAAUGAAAACAAACAAGGCAAAUACAAGGAAAACUGACACGAUGAAAAAAACGACUAAGUCAUUUGUACGACAUUCCUUGACAAAUAAUCCAAGAUAUUCUACGAGGGUAUCCAGUAUCCUGAAAGUCGGCAGUGAAAGAGCGGUUCAUAAAAAGCGAACUAAUUCAAAUCACAAGGCUCAGACGAUCAAUCUUUCUUUCAAUAAUGAAAUUGAUGUUGUUGUUAAACGUUCAAAACUUGUAACUGAGGAAGAAAAACAACAGCAGGCUUCCUCACAUUGGAAAACAUCGUUGAAGGACAGAAAAGAGAUGGAGAAGCGACCAACUCCACUAAAAAGCUUAAAUAAUGAAAACAAACCCGAAACGUCGAAAACAAAUUCUAAUAACGAGGACGGUCGAAAUAUUCGCGGCUCGUUAGAAGACUGCGAUUAUUCACCAAUUCGUCCAGUUUGCAUAAGGAAUGAUAUCACUACUCGUCAGUCGGGAUUUACGAGUUCAACACCAAUCAUCACGGUCAACAGACGUCGAAUAAUCGUAGCCGGAAGCAAAAAUAGUGACGUUAAGCAUAUGGUAAAAAAUGAUGCUAAGGUGGUGGCAACCAAGAAAGUGCGGAAAGCAGAUACAGAAAAUGGCGGCAAAUGUGGUGAAAUGAGAAAGUUAGGCGGUACUCAGAAUGCGAAGUUGUCAGGUAAAAGGGCUCGAGCAAAAAUAAUGUCCGAUACGAAUGGCAUAGCAACACGACUGCGUUCACGACAAACGGCAAUUUCAUUUCCUGCUCAAUGUCCGAAUAUGGAAUCAAUGAAGAAGAAGAAAUGAGAAGGAACCUCUGAACUGAUAUUUCGAUGGUCUCGAGCAGUCAGUUGCAGCAUGCAUUUCGACAAUUUAUCUUACAUAUGCGAUUGUUCGAACUAUUCGUGUACUUGGAUUAUUGCCAUAACAGUCGUUCUAAACCAAAUGGUAAACGCCUUAUUUGGGUAAUAGUGCUAAAUCUAUGGCUAAUUGUUAAAAUUUUUUUUCAUAAAAUUGGCCUUUCGAAUUUGGAAAUUUUAUCUUUGAUUGGUGUUAAAUUUUCCAUCCAUAAUCUCAUUAUUCUUUUUGAUAAUCUUGUUGUGUCACAUAGCUCACAAUUUAUUCAUAAUAGUUUCAUCUUUCGUAGUUCCAGCUCUUCCUAUGGGAAGGAAUUUCGUAACUUCGCACCCUUCGUUUUGUGAAUUUUCAAUGUGUAAUUAAAAGUUGUAUGUCUGUUUUCUUUGUAUCACUUUCAAGCUUAUUUUACAAGAAUAUGAGAUUAAAUAGUUGGAUCC